GCGGCUCCAGUGCAGUCGGCGGGGCUGAGCGGACCCCCCCGGGCACUGUCUGCCCCCGCCGCGCGUUGCUUUCAUCAUGAGUUCCGAGUUAAAUGUCCCGGCGGAUCCUGCCACUCCUGCUUGCGGCUCUGAACCUGGCACAAAGGGCAUGGAUUAUCGGGACUGGGUCCGGCGUAGCUAUCUGGAAUUGGUCACUUCAAAUCAUCACUCUGUUCAGGCCCUCGCAUGGAGAAAACUGUACCUGAGCCGAGCCAAGCUCAAAGCUUCCAGCAGAACAUCUGCUUUGCUCUCUGGAUUUGCUAUGGUUGCCAUGGUGGAGGUGCAACUAGAGAUGCAGUAUCAGUACCCCCAAAUGCUGCUGAUUGCGUUCAGUGCCUGCACAACAGUGCUGGUAGCCGUUCAUCUCUUCGCCCUUCUCAUCAGCACCUGUAUACUACCUAACGUGGAAGCGGUGAGUAACAUACACAACCUAAACUCCAUCAGCGAAUCCCCACACGAACGCAUGCAUGUCUACAUAGAGCUGGCCUGGGGUUUCUCCACAGUCUUGGGAAUCCUCCUUUUCCUCGCUGAGGUGGUGCUUCUGUGCUGGAUAAAAUUUCUGCCUGUGGACUCCAUUAUGAAAAACGAGACUUCCAUCGUUCAAAAGCCCAGUGGCCACGUGGGCUGGCAAGCAGCUCUGGUCUCCACAAUCAUCAUGGUCCCAGUGGGUCUGAUUUUUGUUGUCUUCACCAUUCACUUCUACCGUUCUCUGGUGCGGCACAAAACGGAGCGACAUAACCGGGAGAUUGAAGAGCUUCACAAACUGAAAGUGCAAUUAGAUGGACAUGACAGAGGGUUGCAGGUAGUGUGACAGAGGAACAGGGAUCUGUUUCAAAGCAAACCAUUUUGCUCAGGCUAAGAGCAAAAUAAACAUUUUGCUAAUAGGAGCAACCCAAACUAAUUAUGGAUUAUUUGGGGGUCUAACAAUCUAAAAUGCAAAUUGCCUGAUUUACAGGGCAAUGGGUUCUAGUGCUUUUCCAAACUAAUGGGUUCUCUGGCCUAUUUCUCGUCCUGCACGAUUGUGUACUUAAGUUGAUACUGCCAUACAGUUAAAAACCAAAACUUUACCUACUUUAACAUUAUGUUCUGGAGAGUGGUUUCCAAAUUGUUAUAUUUUAACAGUGCAACUUUCUUUUGCCAAGAGUGAAACUACUUGACACUUCAAAAAAAGCCACUGUUUUUGUAGGACCUGUUUGUUUGGGUUAUUUUUAAGUGUCUGAGCUCCCUUUCUGGCUGUUCAGCAGCAAACUGACAAUGACUGUUUCCAGGGUUGAGGUGAUAAGUAGUGCUAUCUACUACAAAUCUGAGGACAUUCUGAACGCACUGCAGAACAUGGGUGUUUGUUACCUUUAUUAUAAAAUGAGUAUUACAGAAACAGGUCACUAGAAUGAUACAAGAGGUUAGAAAUCAGCAGUCUUAGUACAUAUGUCCUCCUUUUGCUAUCCUCUCUUGCUAGUGCCUAACCCUCCUUUAGAACAGGGGGGAGAGAAUUUCAGACUGGCAGAAGGCUGGGAAGCUCUGUUUUUGCCUGCUUCAGUAGUGUCCAUUCUUUUACAAUGAAUGCAUGCCCAGGUCUUCUAAUGUUACUGAUAAUGAAAGUUUGUGUGUCCAGGGAAGGCUUACAGGUAUUUUUAUUUUAACAACAAAGACAUUGUUAAAGCAGGAAACUAACUGGGAAUUUAAAAAGACCUGGCAUAGAAUUUCGAAGGACUGGAAAAGCAGAUUUAAACGGGUGAGGAAAGAUAGCCCAUAAGACAGUGACAGAUUUCAGCAGUAUGCUUUUUUCAUUUGCUUUGUAUAUACCAGAAUGAGUCGUGUGUUUUGCUGGCUUGGUUUGUCACACAGGGCUCGGAGUCCAGAUCCCGUGCUGCUCCCUUGUUCUUUGUGCUAGUUGUGCCUGAGAGCGUUCAGCAUUCUUACUUCUUAGGGAAGAAAGCAUCGUGCAUUUUCUCAAACACAUACGCCUUAUGGCACAUGAAGCUGUGUUUUUGAGUUUGGGAUGAGCUGCAACCAGCCAUUCCAAAGGGAAAGCUGUGUGCAGUUAAAGUACUAUCACAUUUCACUUGUUGGCUGUAUUUCAGCAGUGGAGGAAGUGAUUUUUGUUUGUGCUUAUAUAGCUUAGUGAGUGAAACUUGUAAAGCGCUGUAGCAUCUUUCUGGUGAAAGUAUUAAUAAAGUCACAACUAAUUACAACUACUUCACGAGGAGGCAAAAUAUUCUUCUGCAAUAAGUAGAAUGAUUUUAGUUUUUAAAGGAAAAGUAACACGUAUUUCAGCUGCAGAAAUAUGUCAAAAUACUUAAGCAAAAUGGACCCGUCCUGUCCUGUCUCAUCACGCUCAGUAAUCUGCAGGCUGCUGCCAGUGCUAAUUUCAGGCCCUACUCCUUUGCAUUCUAUAAUAGUUUUACAAUUUCUGCCAGUUCUUGAAUAUUUCUAAAAUAAUUGAAGAAGUUUGUAAUGUUCUAUUUCAGGGGUAGGCAACCUAUGGCACGGGUGCCGAAGGCUGCACACGAGCUGAUUUUCAGUGGCACUCACACUGCCUGGGUCCUGGCCACUGGUCCAGGGGGCUCUGCAUUUUAAAUGAAGCUUCUUAAACAUUUAAAAACCCUUAUUUACUUUACAUACAACAAUAGUUUAGUUAUAUAUUAUAGACUUGUAGAAAGAGACCUUCUGAGAACAUUAAAAUGUAUGACUGGCACGCGAAACCUUAAAUCAGAGUGAAUGCAUGAAGACUUGGCACACCACUUCUGAAAGGUUGCCGACCCCUGUUCUAUUUAAUCCCUUCCCUUUAACCAGUGGCAUUUAGGAAAUAGGUCAGUGUACGAAGUAUCAGAUUCCCAGCAUGGAGUGUGUGUGAAAUAAUGAGAACAGCAAGAUGAGAAUGUAUCUUUAAAUAUCUCUCUCUGACAAGUUCCUGGUAAGCCAACUCCAAUCCUUUUUUUUUUUUUUUUUUUCAUUUUACUUCAGUCAUUCCUGGGCAAGCAGCUUAGCACUUGUCUGUUUUUUUCAUACAUUAUUCUUAUCCUCAUCAACAUGGGCCAUGUUUACACAGGACUAGGGUGACCAGACAGCAAGUGUGAAAAAUCGGGACGGGGGUGGGAGGUAAUAGGAGCCUAUAUAAGAAAAAGCCCCAAAUAUCGGGACUGUCCCCAUAAAAUCGGGACAUCUGGUCACCCUACACGCGGCUACCUACUCCUUUCCAAAUACACAAGAUAAGGAUCUUAUUCCUGUAAGGGGUAGUUUUAAAAUUCCUACUAAAGCUCCUGAAUGUAAAUUCAGUGAGCUUCCAUAUCAAAUGCUAAUGCACUUCCUUAUAUGUAGCACCUCUAUCCUAAGGAUCCCCAACAUGUUUUGAAUGUCAAAUGGUAAUCUCUUCAUCCAUUAUUGAAGUGUAGCCUCUAUUUGACAUCGCACAGGUACACUAUGCAAGUUUUAGGAUGGAACUUUAAUACUGAUUGCAGUUGAAAUUGCUAGGAUAGUUUAGGUGGGUAGAGUAUAAUUACCUGAUUUGGAGGUUGGCUAGGACAUUAGGGUUGAAUUCUGUCCCACCUCACCCCUUUUCUCAUCUCACCACAGUAAAAAUUAGUAUUGACAUUUCAAAACCAGAUCAGGAUCACAGUAAUGAAAAUCAGAGUUUCGAAUGUAGUGGCAUGAAAUUGUUCACAACCCUAAAUGAAGUAGCUAGGUUGACUUAAGUUUUUGGUGUAGAUCGGGCCUCAGGCUGUGCCUAACUUUUGUUCACUAGAGCAGUGGUUCUCAACCGGGAGUCUGGGGCCCCCUGGGGGGCCGCGAGCAGGUUUGAGGAGGGCUGCCAAGCAGGGCCAGUAUUAGACUUGCUGGGGCCCAGGGCAGAAGCUGAAGCCCCAAAACCCCGAGCCCAAUCACGCGGGGCUGAAGCUGAAGGCUGAGUAACUUAGCUUCAUGGGGCUCCACGUAGUUUCCCUGCUUGCUACCUCCUAAUGCUGGUCCUGCCUUUUAUAUGCAGAAAAACAGUUGUUGUGCCACAAGUGGGCCAUGGCGUUUUAUAGGAUGUUGGGAGUGGGAGGCCUCAGAAUCAAAAAAGGUUGAGAACCCCUGCACUAAAGGCUGUCUCCUGCAAGCCAGUAGGAUGAUUUGGCCCUCCAGCCAAAUCAAAUUGUCCUCUGCCAUGGCAAAUAAAGUCAAAAUAACAACAAGCAAGAUUUAGGCCACAGCCGUGCCCUGUGUGUGUGUGUGUGUGUGUGUGUGGUCAUUAAUCCUCCUUGCAUCAAUAGUCUUUUUACUGCUUGGCUGCAGGGGUCUGUGACAGCUAGGCAUUCCUAGACCCUCUCAUCAGCUUCUUGCUAUGGCUCCUCUCCAGCUCCUGCCCCAAGUGUAGUGGUUCCUUUUCUCUUUCUCCUGUGCCUCUUUGUCUUCUUCUAAUGUGUCUUCAUCCUCACCGCUCUCACAUACAGACUCACUGUUGCGUGUUCCUUAAAGGUUGCAUAUGGUGUCAGCCACAGCUACAGAAAUUGUAGUUGAUCCAAAAAACGGGUGUUUGGCAGCAUGGUGAAACUCAACCGUUUCCCAAGCAAUGUCUGAAGCAGUAUGAGCUUGUUUUAAUUAGACUUUUGUGAAGGCUUCAUGGAGUUGAGCCCUGGUUGGCCAGCUGUGCGUGUCUGAGCCACUAUGCCAAAAAUUCCAGCAGCUGCUGCUUGUCUUCGCAUGAAAGGAUUUCCAGUAGUGAAGCUUGUAAGUGACUGUCCUGUUUCCUUCCAUUACAUUCUCAGUUGUCUAAAUUUACCAGUUGUUGUCUUCUGUUUGUUGCAUUUUUCCCCACUGCCUCUAGUCCCUCUAUUCCAGAUUUCACUCCGGGACCUCCCUAUACUGUAGAGCGACAAUUUGUCUUCAGCUUCCAACUGCUUGCUUCAUGAUUCCCAGGGCCACAUUCUGCUUAUAUCUAGCUCUGUUCAGGCUUUCUCCCUGGCUUCUUCCUACAGUCUUCUACUGAGCCCCUCAUGGCCUCUGUUCCUGAUUCUUUGCCGCAGGGAGCCACCAGUGGUUUUGCUGCAGACCCCUGAUGACUGCUCUUCCCCAGGUCGUCUUCUGAGUCUUCUCAGGCAGUUCCUUCUUUGGCUCCCUUUUAGCAGGGAACCAUGCAGGCCCUGACGCAAGCUGUCCCCGAUGAGCCUUCCCAACCAGCUGCUGCUCUUAUUAGGUCUGUUUCCUCUGCUGAGGGAAGGAAGCUACCUAUCUAGGUACUUAAAAGGCCCCCCCUCUUCAUAGUGUCGGGGCACCUCUUAUUACUUAAAAAGGUGACAGUGAUCUCUCUCUCUCUCUCUCUCUCUCUCUCUCUCACUGCCACCAAGUAUCAGGCUUAGAGUAUUUCUGAAAAGAAUGAAUUUGAGAACGAGAGCACUAUUGUAGGAAAGUCUAGGGAAGAGAUGGGUUUUAUACUUGGCUCUGAAUACAUUGAGGUUAGUGGCUGUUCUGAUUUCUUCUGGAAGUGAGUUCCAUAUUUUUAGUCCAGACCCUGUCUCCCAUAGUUAGAAACCUACAUCUAUUGGUCGACAGUAUCAUUUUCCCUUAAAAACACAGUGGCUGGGAGGUCCUUGUCACAGAGGGAGAUAUGUGGUCUCAGGGGUUUGGGAUCAGUUCUCUGUACGAUUUUGAAAAUCAGGACUAUGACUUUGAACUGGACUGUCUUCUUCGGGAAGCCAGUGCAGAAAGCAGUGUGUUGGGGUAAGAACAUGAGAACAGCCAUACUGGGUCAGACCAAAGGUCCAUCUAGUCCAGUAUUCUGUCUUCUGACAGUGGCCAGUGCCAGGUGCUUCAGAGAGAAUGAACAAAACAAGUGAUCCAUCCCAUUUUGCCCAUUCCUAGCUUCUGGCAAACAGAGGCUAGGGACACCAUCCCUGCCCAUCCUGGCUUAUAGUAAUUGCUGAACCUAUCCUCCAUGAAUUUAUCUAGUUCGUUUUUUUUUUUUUUUUUGAACCCUGGUAUAUACUUGGCAUUCACAACAUCUUCUGGCAAAGAGUUCCACAAGUUGACUGUGCGUUGUGUGAAGAAAUACUUCCUUUUGCUUGUUUUAAGCCUCCUGUCUGUUAACUUCAUUUGGAGACCCCUGGUUCUUGUGUUACAAGAAGGAGUAAAUAACACUUCCUUAUUCACUUUCUCCACACUGGUCAUUAUUUUCUAGACCUCUAUCAUAUCCCCCCUUCAUCGUCUCUUUUCCAAGCUAAAGAGUCCCAGUCUUUUUAAUAUCUCCUCAUAUGGAAGCUAUUCCAUAUCCCUAAUCAUUUUUGUUGCCCUUUUCUGAAUCUUUUCCAUUUCCAAUAUAUCUUUUUUGAGAUGGGGGUGGCCAUAUCAAGGUGUGGGCGUACCAUGGAUUUAUAUAGAGGCAAUAUAUUUUCUGUCAUCUUAUCUAUCCCUUUCUUAAUGAUUCCCAAUGUUCUGUUAACUUUUUUGACUGCUGCUGCACGUUGAAUGGAUGUUUGCAGAGAAUUAUCCACAAUAUCUUCAAGAUCUCUUUCUAUGCAGAGUUUACUCUGGGAAUGAGGUCUUCCUUACUAGAUCCAGAGAAUUGCAAUAGUCCAGCCUAGAUGUCUGGCACUUUGAUAGAUGGGAUUGUAAUGCCUCUACUUUCCUCCUCUUGCUAGCAUUCCUUCAGCCUUAUCCAGAUUCAAAUUCAGCCAGCUGCUCUUUUUCCUGAUGCCGAUGUCAGAAAGACAAUCAGAAAGCUUGGAGGCUGGUUUUCAGUUGAUGGAAGGAAGCUGUACAGCUCGGUGUCAUCCAUGUACUGUUGGUUCUUCAGCCUAUGCUAUCUCACUAGCUCUCCCAAAAGCUUCACACGCAUUGAAAGGAAUGGGAAAAGAGCUAAGCCUGGUAGGACGCUUGGUAUGAGGGGGCUGGAGGCAAUUAUUCCUGACAAUCCAUUGGGUUCAGUCUGAGAGGAAAGACCUGAGCCAUUGUAGUAUAUUUUCCAUUCAUCUCUGGCUGCUUUUGGAGACUGCAUAGGAAGGUUUGAUCAUGUGCUGCAGAGUGGUUCAGCAUACUCACUUAAAUCCUGCUUCUUCCAAACAGACCUUGCGAUAGGCUGCAGUUGCCUUAUUUUGGAGGGAACCAGGUGUGGGCAAGAGAGAACUGGGGCUUCAGAUCUUUUUAAAGGCCCAGUUCACGCUGCGACAAGAGGUAAAUAAUGUAUUGGAUAGAAAGUUGGCCAAAACCGUGAAACAAGUGUCUAUAAAUGGCAUCUUGCCUGCUGGACAGAAGUUCCUUGUAAGGUAUUAUACAUCUGGGUGGUAGCUUGAGACUUUUCACUUAAAAGUUAUGAGUUGGAUAUAAGAAUGUGCACAUUUAAAUAGUUGUUGUCUCCAGAUAGGAGGGGAAAACAAUGCAAGCAGAUUUCAAGAAUCUGGAUUGAUCUUAGGGAAAUGAAGUUUACUCUAGAUAAUAAGAAAUAAUAAGUCUAAGGCCAAAGCUGGCUUAUGUAUUACAGAAGAGUAGUCCAGACCAAAGAUUUGGGGAUCGUAAUAGGGAAAAGCUCUUAAAGGUACAGUGGACUUUGUCGUCUUCUCCUCAAUUGUUUCUUUGCAAGUACCUGAGACAGUUAGGAUUGCUAAGCAGGUUAAGAUACGAUAAAAUGUGCUUUGGCUCUCUCUGAUGGGGACUUUUUGGAAAGAUUCGCAAAAUCCACUUAGUGGUGUCUUAGUGAAAGCAGAGUAAAAAGAAAAAUUGUGGUUUUAAUUUUAAAAAGUGGCCCAGUGCACUCUAUUGUGCACAUGUGGGGUUUCUAACCAAACGAUUUUUGAACAUGGCUACAAAAAAAAAAAAUGGCUGGAGUGUGAAACUUUGCCGGGACAUAAAUCCCCAGAGGAUGUGUGCCUUUGUUUUGAGGAGGAAAGAGAUGAGACACUGAAAAACUGAUUAAGGAAAAAAUCACAUCUGAGUAUGCUCAUGGAGCAUCUGCUAAGAUUUUAGUAAAGCCUAUUGAAACUCCCUCCCUCUUCAACAUCACUUAAAUUCUCCCUGAUAGCAGAGGGCCUAGAGAGGGACAUCAGCUGGUGCUGGGACUGUAAAUGUGUCAAUGGAGGAUUUUGCUGCAAGGAAAAGGUAAAUAGUGUAGGUGCAGAAAAUGCCAGAUGCUUCAGAGUGUAUGAAUAGAACAAGGCAAUUAUCGAGUGAUCCAUCCCCUGUCAUCCAUUUCCGGCUUCUGGCAAUCAGAGGCUUAGGGACAUUGAGGGUUGCAUCUCUGACCAUCUCAGCUAACAGCUAUUGAUGGAUCUAUCCUCCAUGAACUUAAUCUAAUUUUUUUUAGAUAAUUCUUUUUUUAACCCAGUUAUACUUUUGGCCUUCACAACAUCCCCUGGCAAUGAGUUCCACAGGUUGACUGUGCAUUGUUUGAAGAACUACUUCCUUUUGUUUGUUUUAAACCUGCUGCCUAUUAAUUUCAUUGGGUGGCCCCUGGUUCUUGUGUUAUGUGAAGGGACAAAUAACAUCCAUAACACAAGACUUAAAUAAACAAAUAAUUGUCAUUGUGCCUGGAGUGGGUCACAGCUAAAAAUGCCAAACUCAGGACAGAUUGUCAGAAAAUAGGGCAGACACCCCUCCUCCCCACAAACUGGUGGUAUAUUCUGCCAUUAGAUUUUAACCAAGCCAGUAAUAAAAUCUGCUGCUGGAUCAUUUAUACUAAUUUUACGAGGGAGCCACAAGCAAUCCCCUUAGGCAUUCCAGCCCCUUAUUACCACCCGGACAAACUGGACUUCUGUGAUGUAAGGUAAUUAAAACGAAAAAACCCACCACACAUUAGGGUCUACCCAGGUCAAUGGAUGCUCAGGACCUUACAUGAGAAACAACUCUGUGGCCAAUCUUUAGUAAAUUAACUAAAGAUUUAUUAACUAAGAGAAGAAAUGAUUUAUUAAAAGGUUGACAGGUAAAACAUAUUACUGUUGGAUCAGAGAAUGUAGUCCAAAAUGUUAGCAUGCAUGUUAAAUCUGCUAGUUUCCUAUAAGUCUCUCUGGGUUGCCCAAGUAGCUUUAGGACCUCAGUCCUUUUGUUUAAAACUUCCCCAGUCAGAAUUCACCAUCCAGAGAUGGGGUAGGAGAGAGGUGGCCAGGAACCUUUGUUCUCUCCUUUUAUAUCUUGAUCCUUUGUUUGCUGGAAAAAUCCUGGCUGUUUCAAGGGGUCGAGCAGUUCCAUGGCAGAAGUGCUUUGCCCUCAGUUCCUCAU